AUGUCUUCCAAUGUUUCAGCAAAUAAUCCCACGAGCGAGGGGAUCCUCAUUGCCCUUCGUCGCCACGGAGUACCUUGUACAGUCUUUGAGCGCGAUGAAUCCCCGGAAGUUCGCAACCAAGGAUGGGGUGUUUCCAUUCACUCUACUUUGAUUACGUGGGAAGCGCAUAUUUUGCCAGAGAUUUAUGACCGCGUUUGCGAGGCACAGGUGAAUCCUGCUAUCGGUCGUGAUGAAGUCCGCGGAGUCCCAUGGAUCAACGGCGCGACGGGACAAGUCGAGCAAUCUGUUCCAGAAAGCAAGAGACUUAGGCUGAGACGGGACGGAAUACGGAAGGCUCUCAUGGAGGGUCUGGACAUCAAGUGGGGCAAACGACUUGACAACAUUGAGAAAUUCAAGGGUGGUAUCCAGGCCGAGUUCACGGAUGGCUCUACUGUUCUAGGAAAUGCCCUAGUGGGUGCAGAUGGUUCGACGUCGAUCGUUCGCAUGUUUCUCGCGCCCACAACCUACAAACUGCAUCGCCUUCCUAUCAAUGCUGUGGGUUGUGCGCUGACAAUGAGUGAAGAGCAAGUCAAUUAUUUCAGAGACCAUGUUGAUCCACUCUAUUUCAUGGGCACGCACCCAGAAUCAGAUACUUUUGUCUUUUGGUCUCUGCUAGACACUCCCACAUCUCCUGGGAAACCCUAUCGUGCACAAGUGUACUUUUCCUGGAUGGCUUCCGAUGCUGAUGAUGAACUGUUCAAGCAGCCCUUGCUUGACGUGUUCAAAGAAAAAGGCCGGCCAUUCUUCCCUCGCUUACGCGAUAUUGUGGACUCAUUACCCGAUGACACUGUUGUUACAAAGGUCAACCUCGUCGACUGGCCGUCUGUUGAGUGGGACAAUUGGAAUGGUACCUGCACUUUGAUCGGCGACGCGGCCCAUUGUAUGGUGAUCUAUCGCGGCGAGGGAGUGAACCAUGCCAUCGUGGAUGCCUGUCAACUCGCGGAUACUAUCAAGUCGGCUGCUGAUGGCCACACAUCAAUGAAUGACGCCAUCGAAGAGUAUGAGAAGCAGAUGCGCCCGCGAGCGAGAGAGGCAGUGGAGACCAGCAGACAGGCUGGACACGAUGGCCAUUGCUAUGCUAAGGUUGACAAGGAAGGAAGCUUCGCUCUUCUAGGUGAGAAGCCAGUCUAG